AUGGCUGCACGGUACGAAUCAGAGAUCUACGACAAAAAUACUCUUGCCAAUAGCUUGAAGUUCCCAUAUUCUCAACGAGUUGCCAAGAAUCGUUUGAUGAAAUCUGCGAUGGCCGAGACACUUGGACACUAUGAUGAUUCGGACGUUACGUCAAUUGGUAUUCCUACAGACGCAUACGUCAAUCUCUAUCGACGAUUCGGGAGAGGUGGCUGGGGUGUCAUCGUGACUGGUCAAAUCGACGUCGACACGACUUUAUACCAUUUUGGCAACGUCGUUAUAGGUCAGGAACACGGCACAGAUGAUCUUAGAUUUGGCAAGUUUAAAGAAGUGGCCACUGCAGCGACUAGUCAUGGCUCACUUCUGCUUGGACAGUUGACUCAUGUCGGCAGACAAGUAGACGUCCGCGUUACUAAAGAGACAAUUGCCGCUUCUGCCCAGCAGCUGGAACCCAGACUCGGCAUGACAUUCGCCAAACCGCGUGAAGCCACCCAAGACGACAUUUCUGAGGUCAUCAACAGCUUUGUGCACGCUGCCUGCUACCUUGAAAAAGCAGGAUUCUCGGGCGUUGAACUCCAUGGCGCUCACGGUUUCCUAUUAGGCAAUUUUCUGUCUUCAGCCACAAACCAUCGCACUGAUAAGUAUGGCGGCAGUUUGGUCAAUCGGAUGCGGUUGAUCAUGGAAAUAGCAGACGCCAUCAAAGAUAGGGUUUCGCCUGACUUCGUGCUUGCAAUCAAGGUUAAUAGCUUUGAGUUCCAAGAAAAGGGAAUCACCACAGACGAGGUGCAGACUCUCUGCCAAACCCUUGAGGAGCAUCAUUUCGACUUUAUUGAAUUGACUGGUGGCACAUGGGAAGGACUCGACUUCGAUGCCGCAAAGGAUAGCACAGUGACUCGAGAAAGAUAUUUUAUCGAAUUUGCCCGAGCUAUAGCACCUACCCUCACUGAGACAAAGUCCUAUCUCACGGGUGGCUUUCUCACUGGUAGUGUUAUGGUGGAAGCCUUGAGCAUAGUUGACGGCGUCGGCGUAGCGCGGCCAGCUGCACACGAGCCGUCGUUAGCAAACGAUCUGCUCUUUGGGAGAGUUACAGGGAUAGCCAAACAGUUUCCCAAGCUCACUGAAGAGAUGCAUAUUUCUCUUGCGCUGGCAGGUGGCCAGCUGGGUCGAAUAGGGAGAAACGAGGACCCCAUCGACGCCAGCGAUCCGGAACAAGGCCAGAGGCUUUUUGACCAGUUGAAAGCUUGGAUUCAAGCACCAGUGGAGGAACGUCCCAAGUUCGGAUGGCCUCGCAUAGAUUAG